UACCCGCUUUACCGCUCCGACCAGGCCAAUGACACCACCCAUGACAAAGGGACUUCCACACGAAAACGGCCUCGUCGUCACAGAAAGAGGCGCUGAGGCCAUCACGAUCGUCGACGACCAACGGCAAUUCGCCGUCUCCACAUCUUCUCUUGUCUUACAUGCAACCCGCGAUACCCCACAUUGUUCCUCAAACGUUUGAAAACCCCCUUCGCUUUUUCCUAUCGCGCUCCCUGGAAAUCUACGGAGACGAAUUCUCCCGAGGCUUUUCCUCUUUGGCUUCUCUCCUUCUCGCGCCCCUGCCCAAGGAUGGCAGGGUCGAUUGCUCUCUGUGCAGGAUUUGUCGUUUUGGCUGUUUGGAGGGAAAUGAAGAUGGCGGCAUACAGGAAAAUGAUCUUGCCACGCAGCGCGGCCUAGGUUGUAGCUUUACGAGUCUAUACUUCCUGCAAGGCAAUGCCUUGCCUCUGUGCAGGCUCUUCCACUUGAAGAGGUUACACGCUUUCACCUGGGGGUUUCCAGCCUCAUUAUUACUCUGCGGAGAGAAAUUCAUCACACGGCACGAAUCAGACGUAGUCGCAAUCCAUCAUCCAUCCUCCAAGACCUGCACAUUUUCUCCAUUGUGUGCAGCCUCACCAUCUGGCUCCUGAAAGGCCGUUUGUCUAUUGUUGAGAGACCAGCCUGGUUUUUUUUCUGUGGUUCUUCUUUGGCAUACAAUUGUAAGAUUAGCGAGAAAUGUUUGAAUCCAAGAAAUUUGAAAUGAUGGAUUUGAUCGAUCAUUUUGUGUCCACUUCGUCUUUGCCCUUGGGUCCCUUCACGCACUCUCUCCUGGUUUCAGACACAAACGCCCUAUCUUUAUUGGCACGUGUUACCAUGCGCCUAUCGAUGCGUGAUGCAGAACCUUACCUAGGUAGCUUGGCCUAUCAUCGCUAGCGAACAACCGACGACUUCCUCGAAAUACG